CUCCCGACUCCUCCCGCAGCAGUAUGUACACCAACCCCAUCAUUCCCGGAUUCAACCCCGACCCUUCCCUCGUGCGGGUCGGCUCUGAUUAUUUCCUGGUCACGUCUUCGUUCGAAUAUGUUCCUGGGGCUCCAAUCUAUCACAGCACCGACCUGAUCCAGUGGACCCUGAUCGGCCAUGCCCUGACACGCCCCAGCCAGUUGCAGAUCCAGACCCCGGAGCCGGGCGGAGGCGUCUGGGCCACAACUCUACGAUAUCACGAGGGCACUUUCUACUGUCUGGCUGCUUGCUUUCAACGUUAUCGACCUCAAGAAGACGAUCGCGUCUGGCCGCGCGGCUUUUAUGUCAAGACGACGAACAUCUGGAACUCGGGUUCGUGGUCCGAUCCGGUCUACUUCGAUCAGGUCGGGUUUGAUCAGGACCUAUUUUGGGAUGACGAUGGCACUGUCUAUCUGUCUGCCACUUACCGCAAGUUGAAGCGCACACCCAACGCACAGCUUAAAGACUUUGCCGUGCAUAUUGUGCCGGUGGACCUGGAGACUGGAGCCUCUCUCGCGGAGCCGCAGUUGAUCCGGGAAUCAGCAUCAGGCGUAGCGGAGGGCUCACAUCUCUUCCGCCGCGGGGAAUACUACUAUCUCUUCACGGCCGAAGGAGGCACUGAGAGCGGCCAUUGCGAAUGGGUCUGUCGCAGUAAGUCAGGGACCCUCGGCCCGUGGGAGGUUGCCCCCACGAAUCCCCUCUGGAGGAAUGGUCUCGCCGAUGAAGUGCAGAAUACUGGCCACGCCGAUCUGGUCGAGGAUGUCAAGGGGCAGUGGUGGGCUGUCCUCCUUGGCGUGAGGCCUGUCUGGCGGGAUGGGGCUUGGGAGGAAUCUGUCUUUGGACGUGAGACCUUCUUGGUGCCGAUGGACUGGGAAAACGACUGGCCUGUCAUCAAUGGGGGUCAGAAAAUUCCACUCGAAUACUCCGGGCCCCAGCUGUAUCAGUUCGAGCACCUCGUUGCCUGGCGCGACGACUUCGCGCAGCCAGGCCUGCAGCUAGGCUGGUACCGAAAGAAUACGCCCCUGGUACGCGACUAUUCUCUUACCGACAGAGAGGGUUGUCUACGUCUGUACGGUGGUCCCUACAAUUUGUCGGUUCCCACGUGUCCCACGCUGUUCUUGCGAAAGCAGACCCACCGGGUCUGCACCUGGGAAACCCGACUCUCUUUCCAUUCAAAUCAGGAGCAUACUGAGGCUGGAACGGUGGUCUGGUGGAACUAUCAGACUUACAGCAGUAUUGGCGUGCGUGGGGCGGCCAAAGGUCCACGUGUGGUACGAUAUCGCUCUGCUGAGGGGGAGGCUGUGGAAACUCCCCUGCGGGAUCAACAGUCGGACAUCAUCUUUGUUGUCGACUGUGGCACGUCCUACCGAUUCGGCUUCCGCGAGCUUCUUCCAGACGGAAAGGAGACGGCCCUGCAAUGGAUCGGCGCAGUGCAAAAUCGGACCAUGACUAGGGCGCCCACGGUUGGGGCCCCAUUUACAGGGAUGAUGCUUGGUCUGUAUGCCUUUGGCGAACGGCAGAGAUGUUUGGCUCCGGCAGACUUCCACUAUGCCGAAUGGCGUUAAGAUAGAGAUUGGCCCUACGAGGAUCAGAAUGCCCCGUG